AUGCUGCUGGACAUGUUGACCGCCGACGCCGCCAAACACGGCCAUGAGAGCUCACCACCACGUGCAGCCUCGCCCACGAGCAACGGCUCCUUUCUGCAGAUGCCACUUUCCAUUCUCGGUUCAGUCUUGCGCGGACAGACACCUUCACCGUCGCAGGCGACCCUAACUUCUACCCAUACCGACCCUACAACCAAUCCCCCUGACACACCUACGCCUACCUUGCAUAAGGAUGCGAUGAAGAUGCCGCAUGACGAACCUACAAUUACUCUCGUUUCUUCACGACCUGUUUCCUCCGGCAGCGAUGGUACCGCCGAGAAGCCGAAGAAGCGAACCUCUCGUUCCAAGACGUCCUAUAACAUCGCCCGACCCGUAAACACUCGCUCGAAGCUACACACACGCCCCAAGGUUCUCCUACAGUUGCAUCAAGUCAUCGCUUCACAGCGACCGAAGCCUGCCUACGAAGUCGUUCCUUUCUCCGUCGUUCCUCAGCGAGUCUCAAGACGUCUUUCGCGGAGCUUCAACACUAGGGAAAGAUUAGGGCCGCAUGAUCUCCUUAUUGUCCAGGCAGAGGCAUACAACAUUCACAAUGACGAGAACAAGUCGGAAGAGGAUCGAUGGAGCUCGCGCGACGUAAUUGGCGUCAUCAGCUCACGGAGGUGCGACAAGGGUAUCACCGAGACCACGGAGAUCUGUAUGAACGACGGGACGAGUCGCUGGGCGGUCACUGACAUGCCCAACGGAGGCUACGAGUUCAACAGUACUGACGAGCAUGGCCUGACACUGAAGGCACGAUGGGUGUUGAAACCAUCUCAUUCGCGCCGUUCGUCUAGCAUGACUGCGAAUACACCGCUUUCGCCAUCGUUCCCAGAGCCAGCCGACGACAGGAAGUUCACCUUCAGCACUCUGAGUGUCAACUCCAGACGCCAUCCAAUCAUUGCGACAAUGACUCGCAGCCGCAUAGAUGUCAUGGACACUUACGCAAUGCCAUCUGCUGCAUCGCCAUCAACGCCUAGCAUGACCUCUUACACCCAGUCACCUACGACGGACGUCUCCAGCAUCGAUGCCAGUAACUUCAUGGAGACAUUGACAGAGAAGCUGCCUACCGAGACCGGUGACGCGCUUCGACAAUUCAUAUUAGCUUCUGGUGUCUGGGUUGCUUCCAAAGAAUUCACGACAGAGGGCCCUAACUUGUUCUCGCCUCCGACCUUGGCUCCCUGUGCAACCUUUCGUCCCACCACCAAUCGCACAUUCUCCAUGUCUAUCCUCGAUUGCCCCCGCUCGCCGUCUCCAGCUUCGACUCUCGAUGAGAAACGCCGCUCGAUCCCCCGAAUGUUUAAGCCUAGUUUGGAAAGACUUCCCCGUCGCACAACGAGCUUCACAGAUGUUCCCGCUUCGCCUGCAUCCACCAAGACGGCAGUGAAUGCUUCUCCUGUGGCCGUUGUAAAGACACGUGCGCGACGUGCUAAUUCGACUGGUACCGCUCUACAUAGUAUAUCGGGCAGCAUGAGGAAGAAGUACGGACUUACCUUCGAAGAUCAGACAUUGGUAGAAACUGCAGAAGAGCGCACGAUGAAACGCAGCGUGGAGCUACUCCGCAUCAAGGAGCUACAAUUGCCCUCACCCAUAGAGCGACCGUCUGCCGAGUCAACCCGACCGCUCCCUCCUGCUAUCCCUUCUCCUAUUGUUAUACCCCCUUCGUCCGAAGGUCCGACUUCACCCGCGCCGCUACUCGCUUCUCCUCUCUUAUCGCCAUCGAUGCCAGAGACUGAACGUUCGCGAAAGACACAAUCUGCGUAUGCGCCUAUCACCACUACUGGCAUGUGGGAUUCAGGAGUUACCGAAGGCCCCGGUCUCAAGAAGCGCCCCACGAGCAUGUUCGUCAUGAACGAGAAGAAGCGCAAACAAGAGAAGAAGGUUGAGCGCUGCAAGAGCAUGAAAGACAAGACCAAGGCUAGCGAAGACAACACUGAAGGUCUUGGACCUAAGAGCAAGAGGAAAGGCGAUUGGUACAUGUACAAGAUCAAGCUUCGCCUCAAAGACCUCUUCAAGAAGGACAAGGCCUGA